AGUCUAUAAAUCAGCUCUUGACGAAAACAGGCUAAUUACAACGCUCAUUCAAACUUCUUUCUUUCUUCAUCUUCAUAUCUGAGUUGUUUUGCUUCUCUAACUGAGCCUACAAAAUGGUGGACGCCGUGGUUUCAUUUGCGGUGGAGAAAUUAGGUGAUGCACUUAUUCACGAAACAUUUUUCUUACUAGGUGUGCGUGACCAAGUCCAAGAGUUGCGUGAUGAACUAAGAAGAAUGCAGUGCUUCUUAAAAGAUGCAGAUGCAAAGCAACAACAAGGAGAUCACCGUGUUCGCAAUUGGGUAGCCGAUAUCAGAAAUGUCGCUUACGAUGCCGAGGAUGUUGUUGACACUUUUGUGCUUAAAAUUGGCGCAACCCAUAAAUCUGGAGGAGUCCUAAGUUUGAUUAAGAGGAAGGCUUUGAUGGUCAAGAAUUUGAGACAUCUCCAUAGGGUCGGGGAGGAGAUCCAAGCCAUCCGGGCUAAACUCAAAGCUAUCUCUGCUAGUACAGUUACGUACGGAAUAAAAGAAUUACCGGACGACAAACCUUCAAGUUCUAUAGCUCCAUUGAGAAACUACUAUGCACAUGUGCAGGAUGAAGACGUUACUGGUUUGGUGGAACAGACGAAGACGUUGCUGACUGAAUUAUCGAAAGAUGAAGAACGGGUUUGCGUGGUAUCUAUCGUUGGCGUUGGAGGUCUUGGCAAAACCACUUUAGCCAAGAAGAUAUACCAACAUGAUGAUGUUAUGCGUCACUUCGAUUGUCGGGCUUGGUGUUCUAUAUCUCAACAGCUUAACAUGAGAGAUGUCUUAAAAGAAAUUAUUAAAAAGUUUAUGAAUCCAAGUGAGACUGAGUUGAGCACGCCGAGCGAUGGGAAUCUUGUUGAAAAGCUGUCCGACUACCUCCAAGAUAAGCAAUACUUCGUUGUCGUGGAUGACUUGUGGAGCUUCCAAGACUGGAGUAUGCUAAGUCCUGCCUUUCCGAAUGGGAAGCGAGGAAGUAAAAUAUUGCUAACCACUCGAAACAAAGAGGUUGCUUCACAAGCAGAUCCAUGGAGCCUUCAACUCGAACCUGAACUUUUAAACGAGGAAGAGAGUUGGGAAUUACUUUGUAAAAAAGCAUUUCCAAAGGCUACGAGAGACACUAAUUCCUACCCUGCGAAUCUGGAGAAGUUAGGAAGGGAAAUGGUGCGUAAAUGUGGUGGUCUGCCCUUGGCAAUAUGUGCUCUUGGAGGGAUACUUGCAACAAAGAGGGAAGAUAUCAAGGAAUGGAGAUAUGUACACAGAGACGUGGCCUCAAACAUUAAUGGAGGUGUGAUGGGUAUCCUCGCAUUAAGUUACAAUGAUCUCCCAGUUCACUUGAAGCCAUGCUUUCUCUAUUUAAGUCUUUUUCCUGAAGAUUAUGCAAUUCCAAGAAAGAAAUUGAUCCAAUUAUGGAUCGCCGAGGGCUUCAUACAACAUACAAAAGAAGAUGCACAUGGGACACUGGAGGAAGCAGUGAAACGCCAAUAUUAUGGUGAGUUGAUCCAAAGGUGUAUGAUUCAAGCCGAUAAAGAUACUACUCCAGGGGAAGGCAAAACAUGUCGGAUGCAUGAUCUGAUGCGAGAUCUUUGUUUAUCAAAAGGGAAGGAGUUGAACUUCCUUGAUAUUUAUAACAAUGAAGCAAUUGAUGGCACAACAUUAAAUUCCUCUAGUAGAAGAUUGCGGAGGUAUGCUAUCAAUCUUAAUGGUCUACCGAGGUAUGGCGUCGACUUUCAUUUCAAUAAUUCAACUUCAACACUUCGUACUCUUCUUGUCCAAUCCACAUUAUAUAGAGUGCCAUCAAUCAAGUACCAACACAUGAAACUGCUACGAGUCUUAGAUCUUGGAGGUGUAGAUCUACAGAAAAAUGAAAUAGAAGUAAUUUUUGAAUUAAUUCACUUGAGGUAUUUAGAAAUAGAGAGUUCAUAUUUUCAUAAAUGGAAUCUAUUAAGUCAAAAUAAAUUUCCAUCGUCCAUAGGAAAUUUACGAAAUUUACAAACCCUAAAGCUAGAUGCACGAAUGUCAAUUCGGACGAUAGACUUACCUGAGACGAUAGCAAAUUUAGUAGAAUUAAGACACCUCGAGGCAGCAUAUACCUGUAAAAUCAGCGGUAAUUUUCGAAUUGAAAAUUUGAUAAACCUCCAGACUCUGGUUCGUGUUCAAGCUGGGAAAUGGAUAAGAAAGGGUUGUUUCGGAAAGUUGUCGAAACUCCAAAAUUUGUCCGUGUUUAAAGCCUCGUUAUCGCAAACUGAUGUUCUUAUUCAUGAGAUUUCUAAUAACAAGACGAGUUCAUCAUCUUCAUCGUUUGAUGACCAGUAUCAGAACCCCAUUAGAGUUUUGGAAAUAUCAAGUGAGGAUAAUUUUGACAACAAAAUAUUUGAUUCACUUUCUUGUUGCAAUAAUCUUCAACGGCUUCAGUUGGAUGGUAGACUUGAUGGUGGUCUUAACCUCCAGAAAUACCCACCAAAUCUCACCAAGUUAAUACUGAUGUACAGCAGGCUGGAUAAAGACCCGAUGGAAACUCUUCAAUAUCUUCCCAAUCUUAAGUUAUUAGAGUUGUUAAGACAUUCAUUCGAAGGGGAGGAAAUGGUGUGCUCUACAAAGGGAUUUCCUCAACUCCAAGUUUUACACAUACGUUCGAUUGAUCAACUAAAGAAGUGGACAAUUGAUCAAGGUGGGAUGCCAUGUCUUAAGGAGUUGGAAUUAACAAACUUAAAGGAAUUGACUAUGCUUCCCGAAGGUUUGAGGUUCAUCACUACACUAAAGAAAUUGACAAUGAGUCGUAAUAUGGAAACGAUCGCAAGAAGGAUUGUAAGAGAAGUUGGAGAAGAUUGGUAUAAAGUCCAACAUAUACCCUCACUUACAGUUGUUCAGUAUUACUUUUAGUCAAGUAAUAAUAUUGUUGUUACUUGUAUUGUAAAAGUAUCUGUAAAUACUCUCUCUAAUACAUGCAGUAUAAGAGAAAAUGGUUUGUUUGGUGUUCCAUUUAUAAUGACACGAAUAACCUUUAUUUAUUUAUUUUGUGUUAUCUUU